AUGGAGACAGUGCACGAGUAUCAUGCCUACCCACGUCCAUCGAAAAGACUUGGCGGUCUACCAUUAUUAGCUUUGUGCUGUUUGGGCCUCAUCGGUUUAAUAUCUGCAGGCGUAAUCGUGAUCGCCCUAAUUCCUGUGUAUUUACAAAGACGUGAUAUCAAUGGCAUUCAACAAGAAAGUGAUGUUAUUCAAAUAACUUACAAUCUGCCCUUAUUCAAUAACUCAUUGAUUGUUAGUGGGCAAGUACCACAAUCAAGAUAUGAAGUGUUACAUAAUAUACUGCAAGAACAGUUGAAUAACGCAACCCGUGACAGUCGAGCACAACAAAUACAAGUUGAAGUAGUUAACGUACUCGUGAGACAACCGCAAAACGUUGGAAAAAAGAGCUUUAUGCCUGAAUAA